UCAACUGUUCUUUUUUUUUUUUUUUUGGUUUUUCUGUUUUGUCAAGGUUCAAGAAUGUACUUCGUUCUGUCUCCUCUCUAUCCUUCUUUAGCUUAUCUGUCAGGAUCUUUUCUUUUUCUUGGAUAGUUGGAUAUAUCUGAAUUCGUGAACAUUGGUAUACUGGCAACAGAAUCAAAGCUUAUGGAUCUUUUUCAAGUCUCAAGGCAAUUGCAAACUAUGUUUGAUAAAUGUGACCAGGAUUUGUGUUAGAUACUUCGGCCUCCAGCUUCAAUUUUGCUUCUACAGUUUGCCUUUUCACUCUGUCUGAGAAGAAAAGAAGUAUGAAAAUGAACCCCUUGUUCAUUUUCUCUAUAAUUCUCUUCUUUGGAGCAGUUUCUUUGUCCACCAUUGCAGAACCAAUUGAAGAUAAACAAGCUUUAUUAGAUUUCCUUCACGGUAUUCAUCGCUCGCACUCCCUCAAUUGGAGUAAUAGCUCUUCUGUAUGCAAUGAGUGGACAGGAGUGACCUGUAAUAGAGAUCAUUCUAGAAUUAUAGUCCUCAGGUUGCCUGGAGUGGGGAUCCAAGGCCAAAUUCCACCAAACACUCUUGGUCGCCUAUCGGCAAUUCAAAUACUUAGCCUCAGAUCCAAUGGUUUAUCAGGCUCAUUCCCUUCAGAUUUCGUCAGACUUGGAAACUUGACCGGUCUUUAUCUUCAAUUUAACAGCUUCUCAGGCUCAUUGCCUUCAGAUUUCUCAAUGUGGAAGAAUCUCACUGUUCUUGAUCUCUCAAAUAAUGCCUUCAAUGGAAGCAUUCCACCUUCAAUAUCAAAUUUGACCCACCUCACAUCUUUAAACCUUUCUAAUAACUCACUUUCAGGUGUUAUUCCUGAUAUAAGUAAUCCUAGUUUACAAUCUUUAAAUUUAGCCAACAAUGAUCUUAACGGAAGGGUGCCUCAGUCUCUUCUAAGAUUUCCAAGGUGGGCAUUUUCUGGUAACAAUCUUUCAUCAGAAAAUGUCCUUCCUCCUGCUCUUCCACUUGAACCACCAAGUCCUCAACCUUCAAGGAAAACCAAAAAAUUAAGUGAAUCUGCAAUAUUGGGGAUUGUACUAGGAGGCUGUGUAUUGGGUUUUGCAGUUAUUGCUCUUCUGAUGAUUUGCUGCUAUUCUAAGAAGGGCAGGGAGGAUAUAUUGCCCACAAAGUCCCAAAAGAAAGAGGGAGCUUUGAAGAAAAAGGCGUCAGAACGCCAAGAUAAGAAUAAUAGGCUCGUGUUCUUUGAGGGUUGCAGCCUUGCAUUUGACUUGGAGGACUUGUUGAGAGCAUCUGCCGAAGUGCUCGGGAAGGGAACUUUUGGGACAACUUAUAAGGCUGCUCUUGAGGAUGCAAACACAGUGGUAGUGAAGAGGUUGAAGGAAAUGUCUGUGGUUAAAAAAGAUUUUGAGCAGCAGAUGGAAGUGAUUGGAAGUAUUAGGCAUCCAAAUAUAUCUGCAUUAAGGGCAUACUAUUUUUCAAAAGAUGAAAAACUUACAGUGUGCGAUUACUAUGAGCAGGGAAGCGUAUCUGCUAUGCUGCACGGAAAAAGAGGGGAGGGCAGGAUUCCUCUAGACUGGGAAACGAGGCUAAAAAUUGUAAUUGGUGCAGCAAGGGGAAUUGCUUAUGUCCACACACAGAAUGGGGGUAAACUAGUCCAUGGAAACAUCAAAGCCUCGAAUAUUUUCCUGAACUCCGAAGGGUAUGGUUGCAUAUCAGAUGUUGGAUUGGCUACAUUGAUGAGCUCAAUGCCCCCACCAGUGAUGAGGGCUGCAGGUUACCGGGCUCCAGAAGUAACGGACACGAGGAAAGCAACUCAUGCGUCUGAUGUCUAUAGUUUUGGGGUCUUGCUGCUUGAACUUCUGACAGGAAAAUCUCCAACACAUGCAACAGGUGGUGAUGAGGUUGUUCACUUGGUAAGGUGGGUGCAUUCUGUUGUAAGGGAGGAAUGGACUGCUGAAGUAUUUGAUGUUGAGCUUCUAAGGUAUCCGAAUAUUGAAGAGGAAAUGGUAGAAAUGUUACAAAUAGGAAUGAAUUGUGUGACGAGGAUGCCAGAGCAAAGACCAAAAAUGCUUGAUGUAGUGAGGAUGGUGGAGGAAGUUAGACAAGGGAGUUCUGGAAACCCACCAUCCUCAGAAACUAACUUAGAAACUGCAGUAUCAAACCAAACACCACCGUAGGCAGCAAAUAUAGCUUCUGCUUCUGCUACAGCUCCACCUCCACUUCAGAGUGAGAUUCUUUUGUCUUUCUGUUAGUUAUAACAUUUUUUUCCAUAUUUUCAAUUGAUUUAAUCGUCCAAUAGGUAUUAGUUAGUUGAGCGUCUUUAUUUUCCUGUAACAAAUUUGGUACUACAAUUAAUUUAGCUACCUAACUACCUAACCCAACUCAAGUCUAAAGACGAGUUGGGUGAUUCGCUACUGUAUUAUUUAGUCAGGACAUUAUUGUUAUGCAUGUGGAGUUUAGUGGCUUUGCUAUAUAAUGCAACAAAUCAAACUCUGUAUCCGUC